GUCUCCAGUGUCACAGGCAGCUUCUCAAAGUAUUAUGUACUUCAAAAAACGGAGAUGGUUUCUGAUCCUGGAAUCGCUUUUGCUGUCUUUGGUAACUGGAUUUCAAGAUCAAUCAGUACCAAAUGUAAAUGCCAUAACCGGCAGCAACGUAACCCUGACAAUCCUGAAGCACCCACUUGCAUCGUAUCAACGUCUCACCUGGCUUCAUACUACCAACCAGAAGAUUUUAGAGUACUUCCCUAAUGGUAAAAAAACUGUCUUCGAGUCUGUAUUUAAAGACAGGGUCGAUCUUGACAAAACAAAUGGUGCACUUCGUAUCUAUAAUGUCUCGAAAGAGGACAGAGGUGACUACUACAUGAGAAUGUUGCACGAAACUGAGGACCAGUGGAAGAUAACCAUGGAAGUAUACGAUCUUGUGUCCAAGCCUGCCAUCAAAAUCGAGAAGACUAAAAAUUUGACUGACUCCUGUCACCUGAGGCUAUCAUGUAAGGUAGAGGACCAAGGUGUUGACUAUACUUGGUAUGAGGACUCGGGGCCCUUUCCCCAAAGGAAUCCAGGAUAUGUACUCGAAAUCACCAUCACUCCACACAACAAGUCUACAUUUUACACCUGCCAAGUCAGCAAUCCUGUAAGCAGCGAGAACGACACACUGUACUUUAUUCCACCUUGUACGCUGGCCAGAUCUUCUGGAGUCCAUUGGAUUGCAGCUUGGCUAGUGGUCACGUUAUCCAUCAUUCCCAGCAUCCUGCUAGCCUGACAAGAUCUCUCCUCAGUCAAGAAGGAAACAUCAAAGCCGUAUCUUGCCUUCAUCCCCUGCACUGCUCCUAACCAUUGACGCUGCUCUGGCUCCGUGGAGCAAAGGAAAGUGUGUUAUUGUUAUCUGUGCUGGUUUGAAUGCAUGCUCUAUGGAGUAAGCACAGGACCUAGUACAGUGCUACAUCACUGAUCUUUACAAAGAUUCUAAGCUAAUUUUUUAAAAACUGGGGGUAGCAUCUAAUUUUAUAUACCCUAGUUGUUUCCUAACAUUCAUUGAAGAUAAAUGCAUUCCUUUUACCAAAAUAUGUGGCUAUCUUAUACUAAUGUUGUUUAUAUCACUCUUUUUUUAUAAAGAUAAAUGCAUUCCUUUACCAAAAUAUGUGACUAUAUCAUGCUAAUGUUGUUUAUAUCACUCCUUUUUGUGAAGAUAAAUGCAUUCCUUUUACCAAAAUAUGUGACUAUGUCAUGCUAAUGUUGUUUAUAUCACUCUUUUUUAUAAAGAUAAAUGCAUUCCUUUUACCAAAAACAUGUGGCUAUAUUAUACUAAUGUUGUUUAUAUCACUCUUUUUUAUAAAGAUAAAUGCAUUCCUUCUACCAAAAUAUGUGACUAUAUCAUGCUAAUGUUGUUUAUAUCACCUUUUUAAAAAUAAAAUCUUUUCACAUACU